AUGCUUACUGUAGAAUGCAACGCUAUUAUUCAAAAUAACAUGCCUCAUAAACUUAAAGACCCUGGUAGUUUUUCCAUACCAUGUGUAAUUAGAAAGUUUAUCAUAGACAAAGCUCUAUGUGAUUUAGGAGCCAGUGUUAGUUUAAUUCCCUUGUCCACAUGCGAAAAACUCAAUAUGGGAGAAUUAAGACUAGCAAAGAUGUCUCUACAACUAGCUGACCAUUCCGUUAAAUUUCCCGUAGGUAUGCUAGAGAACGUUCCUGUUUGUAUAGGACAAUUCUAUAUUCCUACCGCCUUUGUGAUAAUGGAUAUAAAGGAGGAUUCCCACAUCCCUAUUAUUCUAGGAAGACCCUUUUUAGCCACAGCCGGAGCCAUCAUAGAUGUGAAGAAAGGAAGGCUGACAUUUGAAGUCGGAGAAGAAAAAGUUGAAUUUCUCUUAGCUAAAUUCCUACAAGCACCAGCUAUAGAUGAAUCAUGUUGUCUCUUAGACGUCAUAGACGAAUGUGUGAAAGAAAUGGAUAAGGAACCAUUUAUGUAUACUGAAGUACUGAAGAUUCCAACAUCUCUUAUAUUCGAGGAUGAUAAUUGGCAUGAGCCAUAUGUAGAUGACAGUCUGAGAGAAUGUCUAGCACUAACCCCAAAUCCAAUACCAUGCCCCGAGAAACCUUAA